AUGGCCGAGCAUUUUCUCAGCAGCACCCUGUCUGCGUCUGGGUCUGGCCUGCCGUCCCCGUCCUCACUCACACUGGAGCAGAAAGUGGCCUUCGUCUUUGUCCUGCUCCUCUUCAUCGUGCUGGGUCUGCUGAUUGUGCGCUGUUUCCGGAUCCUUCUGGACCCGUACCGCAGCAUGCCCUCCUCCACCUGGACCGACUAUAUGGAGAAAGAUACCUUCGACUACCGUAUCGUCUGA